ACAAGUCAAACUCUUGCAUGGAACAAUGCGUAACUCGCACCUCUUUCUCACCUUUGCCCCUCUUUUCCCUCCUCCUCCCCUGCUCCGCCCUGCCUCCUCCUCCUCCUCUUUCUUCCUCUUUUUCUUCUAAUCUUAAGCAUCUUCACCAUUUCCUUGUAGAAACACCAUUUCCUUAUAGAAACUCCUCAUAGUCUCUGGAGCUGUAAUGCCCAGUGAAGGACAAGAAGAUAGAUAAAUAGCAGAGAGAGAGAGAGAGAGAGAAGGAAAAUGGAGAAGAAGAGGAGGCCGGACUUGCAGUGCCCAGUUGCUUUUGGCGAUCAGUAUGAUGUAUUAGUGGAGGUAUUGAAGCAUCUGGAUGCACGUUCUCUGGGGGUUGCUGCAUGCGUUUGCCGGCAAUGGAGGGACAUCUGCACGCAGGAGAGCACCUGGGAGCACCUCUGCAAUCGCCACGUUUCCGCCGCAGCCGACGUCCCCGCCGCCGAAAUGACCCAAAUCCGGUCAGUCAUCGUCGCCAUGGGCGGAUACCGCCGGCUUUACCUCAUGUGCAUAAGGCCCUUGCUCGAACGCCUCCCCUCGCCGGAAGGCGGUCCCGGCGCCGGCACCGCAACGUGCACUUGGACCAAGGACCAGGUUCAGCUGUCCCUCUCCCUCUUCUCGAUUGAUUGCUACGAGCGACUAGGGUCGGAGUUGGGCGACUCGGCCUCUUCCUCAUCCUUAUCACUGAGAUUCCUCUGCAAACCACGGUUCGACUCGGCUGGCAUUUGCUGUUCAGGCCCGAAUCGGAUGUAAGGCUCGGGUUUUCUCGGAACCCGGAUGGGUUCCAGCACUACCACAUGGAUUCUUUUCUCAUUUCGGGGUUUCAGGUCCAAGAUUUUUCCUUUUUUCCCUUUUCUAGAAGCGAUUGCAUUGUUAUUUACUAUUUUUUAAUUGAUAAGGUGGAGUUAUAAGGCCCUAUGCCCAUCAGAAGGAAACCAUGAACAAAUAAUUCUUUCAAGGUUCAUAUUUUCAUGUACUUCUUUGCAUAGGGAAAGUAUAUCAAAGGGUUCGGUGGUUUGGGGUUAUUUCAUGGUCAAGAAAAAAAGAAAACAAAUCAAGGAGUGUGUUUUGAUAUCUUUUUGACGCAGAGUCGGGAAAUGAAAUAAAAGAUCACUUGGAAAAGAAGCUUUCAGAAAUGGAUAGAUUAAGGUAAUGAAGGCUGCUUGGGGGCUUCUCAUUGAUGUUAUAUUCAGUUGUUGACUACUGCAUUGUGGCUUUGUAUUAUUGUUCUUAUAUAUUUAUAGAUACAGCUUAGUGGUA